GGCAGUACCUAUGAAGCGUGCUUUUUAGUGGGGCGGCUAAAAAUAAAGUUAAACGGGGAGGUUUCUGCCCCGCGGAUAGAUGUUGAGAGGCGGAGGAGGAGGAGAGAAGUUGCAAGGUUGUGAGGGAACCGAGAGGGUCAUCUAGCCCAACCCCUCUCACCGGGCAGCGUUCGAAACCCGCCAGGCGCAUUUCGCCGCCUUGGACGCGCAUGCCUUGCCUGGGGAUCCUUGGAUCUUGCCAGUUUCCACACACUUAACAACACAUCCUGUUGAAUUCUAUCCACGAUAUUUUUAUCUGCGCAAUUGGAAACCCAAAAAAGUUGUGUUGGAAAUAUACGGCUUUCGAGCCGCCCGGCUCCAAAAUGGCAACUAGGCAUUGUGCCACCGUAACCCUGGUUUAAGGAGCCAUUUGGCUGCUUAGCUUAUUAAUAAUAAUAAUAAUAAUCAUGCAUUUAUUAUUUAUACCCCGCCCAUCUGACUGGGUUUCCGCAGCCACUCCAGGCGGCUUCCAACAGAAUAUUAGAAACACGAUAAAACAUUAAAAACUUCCCUAAACAGGGCUGCCUUCAGAUGUCUUCUAAAAGUUAUGCAGUUGUUUAUUCCCCCCCCCUUUUUUUAUCUCGUAUUCUUAUGUUGUGACAUUGACAGAUGAAGGGCAGUAUUCAAAGUUAAUAAAAUAAAAUAGUAAUUUUAUAAUUCAUACCUCGCCCAUCUGGCCGGGUUUCCCCAGCCACUCUGGGCGGCACAGCACAUGUAAAAACAUGGUAAAACGUCAGACAUUAAAAACUUCCUGAUACAGGGCUCUCCUUCGGAUGUCUUCUAAAAGUUGUGUAGUUCUUUAUCUCCUUGACAUCUGAUGGGAGGGUGUUUCACAGGGCGGGCGCCACUACCGAGAAGGCCCUCUGCCUGGUUCCCUGUAGCCUCACUUCUCGCAGGGAGGGAACUGCCAGAAGGCCCUCGGAGCUGGACCUCAUUGUCCGGGCUGAACGAUGGGGGUGGAGAGUAUAUAACACUGCCCCCUGCAAUGCAGGAAUCCUUGGCUUGAACCCCCAACCCUGAGAUGAAGAGCCUCGUGCAUUAGCAAGUGAGCUAUGUUAGGUAACUGUGGGUGUGUACAGUUAGGUUUUGUUUUGGAAUGAGCGCGUUCACAGGAAAGAAGUGUACAUGAGAAGCUGCUGGGAACUGUAGCUCUGUGAGGGGAAGCUACAGUUCCCAGCAACUUUAAGCAACAGUUCCUAGGAUUCUUUGGAGGCAGUGGGAGAGAGGUGCGUUGAAUGUGCUUUAAGCACCUGAUGUGGGAGCCCAUGAGAAGCUCCAAAAGAACAAACUUGGUUUAUGAUUGCUUUGUAUCUUUGAUAGUGUGUUGCAGGUAGGAAUUACUCAAUGUGACCCUACCACCAGCAAAACCACAUUGAUUUUUAGCAGAGACAGUAAGAAUUUAAGGGGAGGGAGUGAUUAAAGUAGACAUGGCAAUGGGAUUUGGUGGAGAGGUUUCUCUCUCUCUGCUGUGCCCAAUACCCUGAUGAGGAUGCAGAUUCUCAGAUUGAUCACUGGAUGAGUCAGGAGGGGAAUAUAACCCCCUGAUUAGUGCUGUUCCCUGGAGGGAUGCUGUCCUUCAAGCACCCGAAAAAGCUUUAUUUUCCACUGGAGAGACGUUCGUAGGCUACUUGAAAAGAUGAGAACAACGAAGCUCCUGCUUUCAACUGAUAGUCCAGAGAGCCCUGAAGACUAAUGCAGAGAAUUAACAAGAACGUGGUUUUGGGCCUCCUUACUUUGACAAGCUCAGUCUUUCUCCUGUUCCAGUUGUACUAUUAUAAAUACUAUUUAUCACCAAGGGUAAGAACUCUGGCAACUCACUUAAAAACAACAACACCACACAGCUACGUUCAGCAGAACGAAUCCAAACAAGUGUUUAUAGUGAUUUGUUAAAAUAAGAUGGGAGACGUGAGAUUGAGACUUUAGUCCUAAGUAUUCUUGCUUGGUAGUAAAUUCCAAUGAAAUCGAUAUGGCUUAAACAGGGUUAAAGUCAGAUUUCAUAUGUUCCAGGUUAUGGUCUGGGCAUUUUCUGGUCAAGUGGAGUGAAGCUUUCUAGCUCAAUUGCAGUUUGAUUCCAGUGUAAAUACGUCAGAAGGUUAGUCAACAGAGGAAGUGUGUACUCUUCGAGUUGAAAAUAGAUUAGUUCAAGUAUAAAACAAAAUGUAAUAUUAUUGAAAAAUAUCACCAAAGCUUCACUUCUCACUUGUCUUGGUGGUAUCAAUAGGCCUUGACUUGCAAAGCCUCUUCUCUGUUGUUUGGUUUUGUUAGAAUGGAGCUGUUUUCCCCAAAGUUAAAGGGAGCAAAACAGGACAAGACGGUAGUCGGUGGGGACCCAGGUGGCGCUGUGGUUAAACCACUGAGCCUAGGGCUUGCUGAUCAGAAGGUCGGCGGUUUGAAUCCCUGUGACGGGGUGAGCUCCCGUUGCUUGGUCCCAGCUCCUGCCAACCUAGCAGUUCGAAAGCACGUCAAAAUGCAAGUAGAUAAAUAGGAACCGCUACAGCGGGAAGGUAAACGGCGUUUCCAUGUGCUGCUCUGGUUUGCCGGAAGCGGCUUUGUCAUGCUGGCCACAUGACCUGGAAGCUAUACGCCGACUCCCUCGGCCAAUAAUGCGAGAUGAGUGCGCAACCCCAGAGUCGGUCACGACUGGACCUAAUGGUCAGGGGUCCCUUUACCUUUACCUUUUACCACCCCACACCCGGAGGUCUCAGGGCGGUUCACAAAAAAGGUCACAAUAUAUGAAAUAAAAAUAACAAUCCAAUAACACCCCCCCUAAAAGAGCCACAUUUUAAAGCGUAUAGGAUGUUGAUGAGGUCAGCCAAAGGCCUGGUUAAAAAGGAACAUUUUUGCCCAGCCCCUAAAGGUGUAUAAUGAAGGUGCCAGGCGAACGUCCCUGGGGAGAGCAUUCCACAGACGGGGAGCCACUGCAGAGAAGGCCCAUUCUCGUGUUGCCACCCUCUGGACCUCUCGAGGAGGCGGCACACGAAGGAGGGCCUCAGAAGAUGAUUUCAGGGUCUGGGUAGGUUCAUAUGGAAAGAGGCAGCCCUUGAGGUAUUGCAGUCCUGAGCUAUUUAAGGCUUUGUAGGUCAAAAUCAGCACUUUGAAUUGGGCCUGGAAACUAUUUGGUAGCCAGUGCAGUUGGAUCAGGAUUGGUGUAAUACGCCUGUAAUACGAGCAGCGUGGCCGCUGAAUUUUGCAUUAGCUGAAGUUUCCGAACCAUCUUCAGAGGCAGCCCUACGUAUAACUUAUAAGACGUAUAAGAUCCUUUUGCUGCUUUGAUCAGCAUGAUGCCAGUUAUUGUUACUUUAUUGACAUAGGGGUCUUCAGUAGCUUUUAAAAGAUGUUUACCCCCCCCCCUUUCCUGUCUCUUUACACAGCACGUGGUUAAGAAAUUCAUUAGUUUGAUGUCCAGUCACAACAUGCCUGUGCAUCUAAUUGAUCCAUUGCUUCUGGGACUAAUUGACACAGACUUGAAGCAGCUCAGGACCUCUCCUGAUAGCAGCCACUCAGAAUGCAGGUACCUCUGUGCUCCUCGGGACUUCACCACCUUUGGUGUACCGGACAAAGCCUGGAAACUUGAGGUGGGCCUGUUUCGAGCUGCUGAGAGAGUGGGUUUCCAGUGGCUAAAGCUUCAGAGCAAAGACCCACGUCUAGAAGGGAUGGACGACCUCUCUGGGACGGAGAUUCCCUUACACUACAUUUUCAGACUGGCAGCGCAUGCCAUCCAUCUGGUGGUCUUUUAUGAGAGGAGCGGGAACUACCUCUGGCACGGACAGCUGCGGCUGAAGCGACACAUGGACCGGAAGUUUGUACCUUUUUGGAAGUUGCCAUUUGGCCGCUACCCGGGAGCCUACAACAAGCUAGAACUAAUAAGUGUUUCCAUUGAUGGGUUGAAAGUCCAGAUUCCAAAAGAGCCAUCUCAGUUCCUUGAGGAAAGGUCCCACUCUAGGUUUAUUGAAUGUAGAUACAGAGAAGCUCGAUCUUUCUUCCAGCUGUACCCUGAUGAUGUAUCUCUGGAUGCCGUUGAAUUCAGAAGGAAAGCCAAGGCCCUGCUGCAUCUUGCUUCUCUGACAUUAAACAGUUUAGGAGUGAGAUUCUGGCUGAGCAGUGGAACUUGCCUGGGUUGGUACAGGCAGUGCAAUAUUAUUCCUUACAGUAAAGAUGUGGACUUGGGGAUUUUCAUUCAAGACUACCAGCCAGAUAUAAUUCCAGCAUUUCAGAAGGCAGGAUUGCCGCUAAAGCACAAGUUUGGCAAGGUUGAAGACAGCUUGGAGCUCUCCUUUCAAGGAGAGGAGGAAGUAAAGCUUGAUCUUUUUUUCUUCUAUGAAGAGGAUGACCACAUGUGGAAUGGCGGAACUCAGGCCAAAUCGGGCAAGAAAUUCAAGUAUCUGUUUCCCAAAUUUACACUGUGUUGGACCGAGUUCGUAGAACUCAAGGUCCGUGUGCCGUGUGAAACACUCCAAUACAUCGAAGCCAACUACGGUAAAGAAUGGAAAAUACCUGUGAAGACGUGGGACUGGAAAAACUCUCCACCCAACGUCCAGCCCAAUGGGAUCUGGCCUAUCAACGAAUGGGAAGAAGUCAUUCAACUCUACUGACCAAUCUAAAACACUGACAUGUAUUUAUGUGGCCCACAAGGUGGCGUCGAUGGUGAAAUGCUUCAGCCAUUUCCGAAGGAGACGCUGUAAAAGAUGUAUUCACUGUUCAGUUGGUCAACGCACAAGCAAAUUGGUGUCUUGCUUCAGGGACUUUUAAUAGUGUGUUAUUGGCCUUUAACCACAGUUCAAGAAUUUCCUGCCAUGUCCCUAUCGUUAGGAGAUAACUGGGGGGGGGGGGCAUAGUACAAAAAAAAAAUAAAAAAAAAAUUGUAACAUCCCUUAUUAUGGGCAGCAGUUCAAAGAGAUCAGGACAAAGUGAAAUACUGUAUCUCCGAAGAAGUUCUUGUAGUAUAUUUUAUUUGUACGUGGCUCACUGUGGCCUGAAGUCUGUUUUACAUUGUUUGGAGCUCUGUUAUACAAAGCACAAUAAUGUAGACAUUUCUAUUUGUGGACAGAGAAUGUUAAUUUUUUUAAAAAACAAGCAAACUAUUGUUUAUCUUGUGUAGAUAAGAAGAAGAAGAAAAGAGUACUAAUGCAUGUCCCCUCACAAAAACAAAUAGUAUUUAAAUGAUCCACGUACAAUAUUGUCUUUUAACUUAUUGAUGAAGUUGUUUGCUGUUUUGUACAAUGUAUGAUGAUGCUCAUGUCGGUGGCUCCUGUCAAGGAAAAGUUGGUUGUUCUGUCUGUCCUAUUGAAAUCAAUGUGACAAAUUAGUAUUAUGCAACUUUUCUGGAUUCGGGACGAAGAUUUUAAUGUACUUGUCAUGCAGAGGUACGCUUUUAACCUAGAUUUCAGGAUGUUACUCACUACAAAAUAAUCUGAAGGAGGCUUUAAAAAUUAAUACGUACAUUCUGAACUUUUUAAAUAAACUAAUGAAAAGAGACGUAGGAAAAUGUCACAUUUAUUCAGAAUAUGGAAGAUCAAGAUCUAUGCCUUUGGCGCAUACCAAUGACAAACUUGGUCGGUCUCUAAGGUGCUACUGGAAGGAUUUUUUAUUUUAUUUUGGCAAAUAUAAUGCUAAGUAAGAUCAGGCUUCCUUUACCAACUUGCCUUUUCAGCUAUUGGUGCCAAUGCAGCUGCAAUGCUUCAUUUCUAUUUUUAAAAUUUAGUGUGUUUCACAACAAGAUACAGAUUUUUGUUUCUAAGAACCAGCCAAGGCACAGUACAGAAAUCUUGCUUUUUCUCACCUCCGUUUGAUUGCCAGGUAAAAUGAGCUUAGUUAAUUUACUUGGCUGAGGGUUUUUGAGCCCAUUAUGGAAUGAAUGAAUUAGGCUAGUCGUUUGUAGAGUAAAUCCAUGUGGGGAAAUAAAUUUCUGGAGGAACUUGAAUAGUAGAAGAAAUUAUUAUUGCUGGUCAAUUUUGAAUUAUUAAUUUAACCUUGGAAAUUGCCGAAUGAACUGUAUUUAACUGACUGGUUUAAAUCAAGAAUCAAAAAUGGAUAUAUUUUGAUGAUUGAAUGAGGACUGCCAUGCUGUUAAUUAAACGACUGAAUUUUGAUGAGUAUUUGGAUGUAUGGACUGAGACACUAGAAGAGAGACAAGGCAUGCAUGUGUUUCUCCGCUAAUGCUAGAAGCCUCUGAGCUGAGAUGGGAGAAUUGGAGUGUUUGGUCUUAGAGAACGGCAUUGCUACAGAAUCAAAGAAUUGUAGAGUUGGAAGGCUCCCCAAGGAUCAUCUCGUCCAAUCCCCUGCAGUGAAGAAACCUCAGCUAAAGCACCCAGGACGGAUGGCCAUCCAACCUCUGCUUAAAAACCUCCAAGGGAUGAGAGUCCACCACCUCCCAAGGAAGACCAUUCCACUCUUGAACAGCUCUUACUGUCAGAAAGUUCUUCCUGAUGUUUAGUUGGAAUCUCUUUCCUUGUAACUUGAAGCCAUUGGUUCAAGUCCUCCCCUCCAGAGCAGAAGAAAACAAGCUUGGAGCUCAGUGUCUCCCAGACUUGAAAUAAUAGCCUGCCAACAUGGUUUCUUUUACAUAUUUGAAGGCCUCCUCUGUUUUGGUUGGCAGUCAAAU